UAUGUCCUGAGUUACCAAUUAAUUGGAACCACUUAUAAAAACGAGAGAGUACAAGCAUAAUCUCAAAAUGACCCAAACAACAAGCGUAGAAGGUUAGGUCUCUCAAUUCCCAGAACAACCACAGAAUCAUGACGCGCCGCAAGGUUACGCCAGUCGCAUCGAACCACAACCUUAUACGGCCCAGAGUCACUAAUACAAAGCUAAAUAACACAGAACGGGAGCCAUACUCGGUAUUGGAGCGACCUCUAGGUACCGCUAAACAUGUCCGAAUCGUGGGCAUCGGGGCUGGUGCCAGCGGCCUCAACAUGAUUCGCACCCUUGGCAGAAACUUGAAAAACUUCGAACAUGUCGUUUACGAGAAGAACAGCAAAGUCGGGGGAACUUGGUUCGAGAACCGGUACCCCGGCUGCAAAUGCGAUGUGCCGAGCCACAAUUAUCAGUUCUCAUGGCGGCCGAAUCCCGAGUGGUCAAAUUUCUUCUCACCCGCUCAAGAGAUAGAGCAGUACCUAGACCGCAUUUGCGAGGAAGAGCAAAUGAUGGAUAAGAUCAAGACUCAGCACAAAGUAAUCGGGGCAUGGUGGGACGAAUAUCGAGGUCUCUGGGAUUUAAGCAUACAGAAUUUAGAAAGCGGUGAGGAAUUCCGUGACCAUGCUCACUUUAUCAUCGAUGCCUCGGGCAUUCUCAAUAACUGGAAGUGGCCUGAAAUUCCGAAUAUAAACAGCUUUGAGGGUGAAUUGAUUCACACCGCAAACUGGCCAAAAGACUUUGACUACGCAAAUAAGACAGUGGCCGUAAUUGGCAAUGGCUCAUCCGGUGUACAGGUCGUACCGGCAAUACAUCCAGCUGUCAAGAAGCUCUAUCAUUUUGUCCGCACGCCCACGUGGGUUUUGCCCCCGCGAAUACUAGCUAUGAUGAUGAUGGAUAGCCCAGCCAAAUCCGUUUUGGGUCAGCUUGAGUUAGACAAGAAAGAAAACUUUAGCGACGCCCAAAUUGAAAAAUUCAAGACGGACCCAGAGUUGUAUAAAAAGUUUGUUAAGACAAUUGAGAGGGAUAUCAAUGGUGCAUUUGCGAUUCUUCUUAACGGCGGUCCUAUUCAACAAUUUGCCACGAACAAGGUUAUAGAAUGGAUGACAGCGUGUCUAGGUGGUGACGAAGGCCUGUGCAAAACGCUGAUUCCUACAUACCCCUUGGGCUGUCGACGGAUGACACCAGCUCCAGGCUAUCUUGAGGCCCUACGGUCACCUAGCACCGUUGUAAUCACGGAACGCAUUGCAGGUAUCGUUAAGGAAGGUAUUCAGCUAGAAUCUGGGGAUAUCAUUAAGCUCGAUGCCAUCAUCUGUGCGACGGGCUUCGAUACUUCGUUCACCCCACGAUUCCCACUCGUGGGUCGACAUGGCAAUGUCCAGGACAUAUUUCGAAAGGAGGUGCCACGUGGCUACAUGUCGUGUGCGCUUCCCGGGGUACCGAAUUACUUCACCGUCAUGGGACCAAAUGCCCCUAUUGGCCAUGGUAGCGUGUUCACGCUGACUGAACACAUUGCUCGGUAUAUAACACGCGCGAUUCAGAAAUGCCAGGUAGAAGGUAUCAAAGCUAUGUGUCCCUCAGAUGCGGCAGUGGCCGACUAUAGUGAGCACAUUGCCAACUUCAUGCCCCGCACGUCCUGGGCAGCCUCAUGCUCAUCGUGGUUCAAGGGUGGCAAGGUUGACGGGCCGGUUACCGCUCUCCAUCCAGGAAGUCGCAUUCACUUUUUCCAUAUGCUCGAGCAGUUUCGUGGUGAGGACUGGGAAUACAUUUAUGACCACCCUUCGGCCAAUCGUUUUGGCUACCUUGGCAAUGGUUUCUCGACAAAGGAACUCGAUGCAAACUUUGAUUCUACUUGGUACUUGGAUGCGAAUGCUGACGCGUCUCUACCGUGAGCAGAAUUCAACGAUGCUGUUGACGUGUCUCGUUAUGCGUACAUGGCCUGCGCAAGAAUAUCUUUGUUUUUUUAUAAGUACACUUAGCGGAUGUAGGCAUACAAUUACUUAGCCACAUCAUUAUGUAUAUACUGCACAUAUUCCCAUACCCCGGACUCCGGAUACGGGUUUUACAUAUGUACUAGAUCAAGUGGUGAACUGGCCGUACCAUCAGUAAACGGCGCCUUUGCAAUAGAUAGCAUACACACCAUACUUUAAUCUAACCUGGAACUUGCUUGACGAAUACCUAACGCGUUCUUACCUGUGGUUCAGCCCUUGAUAGGUGAAACUUCCUAUGACUAGCAUAUAACAUGGUUAAUCCUGUUGCAAAUAUCGCAAGACCGCGCCGACAUCACCUCAUUGUC